UGUGAUGUGAGUUAGGGGCCUGUCACAUAUAGCAUGAUGUGACAGGCAAGCCAUGGUUAUGGAUGAUUGUCUUGUUGACAUCGUUGCUAUGCCAGAAAGAUAGGUCCUCUAACUUGUGACGAGACAGCGCACCCCCGUUGCGGCACUGCUCCUGCUCCAUCACGACGUACACUGCCUUAUAAUUACAUUUGACCAGCUGCUGCGCAGCCCUACAAAACUCACUCUAACCCCCAGAGCUGGAUCUGACUCCUUUAUCUCCCUUUCUCACUCACAAGCAGGCCUUGUAACAGGAUUGACAGGCUCAGUCUUGCUUUUGAUCCCUUGUCUCAUUUAUCGUGCUCUAGUUUGAUUCAAGUUGUUGCGGGACCAUCUAUUGCCUCCAUUUACUCAAACAUCGCUCUUGUUCAUUCGUCCCGACUUCCUUUGAAAUGACAUCCAGUCCUCCCAAGUAUGAUGGUAUGAUGCGACCUGCAUUGCCGCUUUGGUCCAGCCCCAAGACCAGGAAGAAUGAGGUGGUGGUGGACCUAUCGCGUACUCAGCCUCCUCCGCUAUUUCCUAUCGAGUUGCAAAACUAUGUUUCUCCCCAUACCUGGGAGACUCGUGUACGUGCUAUCACACGCUUGGCUUCCCAGUAUUCCAAGCCAAUGCUGGAAAGAUCCUGGAUGCUCGUAGCCUUAAUCUUGUCAUUUAUCGCCCCGAUCGUGGCUUACUACGACUAUAUCCAUCAUUUCGACGAUGAACAAAUUGAAGAGGAUCGUCAAAAUCAGAUCGUGUGGCAGGCUAGGCUCAUAGCCCUUCUUGUCAUAAUGGGUCUUUGGUUCGUUAUGUAUUUGCCAAUUGCCAUCUGGAAAUACAUGGGACGCGUGCGAGCAAACAAGAUGAUUGAUCGCUGGACCAAGGAUGACGUCCGAUCUGCUUCGUCCUAUGCGACUAUUCCCACCUGGAAAGUCACCAUGCCCGGCAUGUUUAGGGACGGGAUUGUCCUGGUUGUCUCCUUCCCUGCGCCACCUAGCAGCUUUGAACUUGAUUCCUUCUUACCUCCGUAUAUUGCGCCUCCCACUGAUGCUGCACCGUCCUAUGAGGCUACCAAACGGUUCUCGGGUCUCCAGGGGGAUGGUAAAUUUGGCGAGAUCCCACUUUACGAUGACGCCAAGGAGAUUGCGGCGUAGAAUAUCGAUAACCAC